GUGAGGUGAACAUUCCUGUGUGUGUGUCAUCAGAGGAGGGAACAGCUCUCACUGUCAGCAGAGGAGGGAAGAAGCUCUCACUGUCAGGAGGAUGGCGUCAGGAGGCAGCAGUCAGGACCACUACAACAGUCCUCUCACCACCAGAUACGCCUCACAACAAAUGUCUUAUAACUUCAGUGAUAACAAGAAGUUUAUAACAUGGCGCAGGUUGUGGGCCAUGUUAGCCAAGGCUCAGAAGGAGUUGGGUCUACCAAUCACAGACGACCAGAUCAAGGAGAUGGACGCCAACGUAGAGAAUAUAGACUACGAGCGUACCGCUAAGGAGGAGCGAGACGCGCACCACGUCAUGGCACACGCCCGGACCUUUGGCGCGGUGUCCAACAGCGCACCGAUCAUUCACCUGGGGCCAGCGCUGUGUUAUGUCGGGGAUAACACCGACCUGAUAGUACUCCGUGAUGGGUUCGACAUCUUGUUACCCAAAGUGGCUCGUUGUCUCCACCGCCUGGCCAAGUUCUCCCUGGAGCAGAAGGACCAACCCACACUGGGCUUCACUCACCUGCAGCCAGCACAGCUUACCACAGUGGGUAAGAGGGCCAGUCUGUGGCUGCAGGAGCUGCUGAUGGAUGAGCGAGCCUUGCAGGACCCUGCACGCAUCCUACGCUUCAGAGGAGUGAAGGGGACCACUGGCACCCAGGCCUCCUUCCUGCAGCUGUUUGAAGGUGAUCACGAGAAGGUCAAGAGGCUGGACUCCCUGGUGACAAAGAUGGCCGGCUUUGACAAGUCGUACCCAGUGUGUGGUCAGACCUACAGCCGCAAGGUGGACGUAGAAUGUCUUAAUGUGUUGGGUUCACUUGGUGCAACAGCUCAUAAGAUUUGCACUGACAUACGACUCUUGGCCAGUAUGAAGGAACUGGAGGAACCCUUUGAAACGAGUCAGAUUGGGUCAAGUGCCAUGCCUUACAAGCGCAACCCGAUGCGCAGUGAGCGGUGUUGCUCCUUGGCACGCUUCCUCAUGGCUCUACCGGCCAACGCCCUCAACACCUCGGCGACCCAGUGGAUGGAACGCACUCUAGACGAUAGUGCUAACAGACGCAUAAGCCUGGCAGAAUCGUUCCUGGUGGCAGACAGUGUCCUCACCACCCUGCAGAACAUUAUGGAAGGUCUCGUCGUCUACCCCAGAGUGAUCAGUCGACACAUCGCUCAGGAGCUUCCGUUCAUGGCCUCGGAGAACGUCAUCAUGGCUAUGGUCAAGGCUGGGGGUAAUCGACAGGAGUGCCACGAGGAGAUCCGGGUCCUGAGUCAGGCGGCAGGGAACAACGUCAAGCAGGAGGGCGGUGAAAACGACCUGGUAGAGAGGAUCAAGGCCGCCCCUUACUUCACUCCCAUACACGACCACAUUGAUGACCUCCUCGACCCAGCCACCUUUAUUGGACGAGCUCCCCAGCAGGUGGAGGAGUUUAUCAAGGAGGAAGUCGAACCUGUAUUGAAGAAGUAUGAGGGACAACUGGGUGGUACUGUGUCUCUCUCCAUUUAGAUUAUGUUGUUAAUACUACCACACAGUGUACUGUACUGUACUGGUAGGUUGCGUAAUACAGUAUGCUGGUAUAUUGUGUAAUACAGUAUACAGGUAGAUUGAGUAAUGCAGUAUACAGUACUGUACUGUACUGGUAGGUUGCGUAAUACAGUAUGCUGGUAUAUUGUGUAAUACAGUAUACAGGUAGAUUGAGUAAUGCAGUAUACAGUACUGUACUGUACUGGUAGGUUGCGUAAUAAA